AUGGCGUCGGCCAGCUCUCUCCAGCCCCCCCUCAAGUCCCUCCUCUCCUCUCACGCCUCGAGCCUCCUCUUCCCUGAUGGCCAAGAUCAGGGCUCCGCACAGGAUGAUGUCAGGCGUCUUGAUACAGCUCCCUCGCUCAACCAUCGAUCCUCGGCGGUUCGUACUGAGCAGUAUGCUGGAGCAGUGAGCCUGCGGAGCAUACAUGUGCUGAGCGACUUCGAGCCAGCUGUCAAGCACAGCCAUGCAAUCGUCUGUGUCAGCGACGGCCAAGAUCUGCUACGAAACGUCCGGUCCUGCAUGCUCCGCCACGCGUAG